ACCCGCUAAUAAAGAGAGUGGUCACAAUGUGGAACGGAUUGUUCUAACUCACACCAAGAAGAUUGUUUUUCAUUAUGUGGAUUAUUUUAACACGAAACAAUGUCUACCCAAAUUAACGAUAGGACUUUGAAGAUUAUCAGUAGUUCCUACAGUAGCCUGUUUCCGGCAGGGGAUUCUCCAGAAAAAACGGGCGACAGAAAGAUAAAGAUACCGGACAAACAGACUUUAGAGCGGAUCCAUAAACAAUUUUUUUCGGGGGGUGUGCGUGCUCCGACACUGGCCGAUCUCAACUCUAACUUCAUUAAGUAUCCUAGCAGACAAGGUAAAAUGGAAUCACCAUUACAUUUUCAAUUUGACAUUCACUGUAGAAAUAAUGUUCACGGAAGUAAAACACCAGUGCAAAAACUAGAGAUGGAGAAAAGCAAUCUAUCUUUAGGAAGUUUAGGGAACUGUCGGGGAAUGAUCAAGUUUUUACUUCCGAAUGGUUCAAUGAAAACGUCAGAAGGUGAAUCCUCCAAAUCAGUGUUUGAUGAAGAGAAGGACGAUUGGGAAAAAUGGAGGGAGUCUGUGGCCGGCGUGAGGGACGCACGCGAUGUUCUGUACAAGUACUCUGUCAGCAGGGACAAGAAAAUCCGAUACAACAGCUCCAUGCUACCGCAUAUCCCAAAGGAGAGCAGACCAUGGACGGCAGGAGAAGAAACUCAGCCCAAAAUUCGCAAAAACAACUUAGUUCUUGAUUUUACUAAAGAUUCGAAAUCUGAUAAAACACAUGUUCCACAACCUCACCGGCAAGCAACAAUGAGUAGGAAUCUUCGCAGGAAAUUUUUAAAAAAUUGGGACAAUCCGUCGGAUGUACAGUUUUUAGAAGUGAAGCGUAUAAUCGCAAAUCAUGACGUAAAUAAAGGUGAACUAGGUCAAUACACAACGAAUGUUCAACAACCUUUUGAAUUUCAUGGAAUAGGAAUUCCCAAGAAUCGGAUGGAACGCCCGUUGAAGCAUGAACAUCUUCAAACUCGGCCCCUCUACCCCUCUUACAGACAUUAUGUGCAGGUUCCAGCUAUUCCAGUUGUUAGUCCAACUAAAGAAUACAAGUCAGUGGAUGUAUAUAAACAAUACGUUGAAAACCUCCAAAACAAUGUUAAUGUAGAGGGACAGAAAACCAAUAUACGAGAGAAAGAGAAAAGCGACCUAUCGCAAUAUGGUCAAGAAAACCGACUUCUGCAGUCGGUCAUCAACGUCAAUCAACCUGCCGAACAAGCGGAUACUCGGGAAAGCAAUGACGUCAAACUUGUCAGCGAAAACGAUGCAGAAAAUCAAACUAAUAGAUCGAACAUAUCGGUGAGCAAAAAUGAGGAAUUACACACAAAUAGGUCAAAUAAAUCUAUCGUGGUUGAAAUCAAGUCCACGUGGAAGGAGAAAGAAAACACAGAAGAACACAACAUUCAGGAACAGUGUGAACCGGCCGUGGACUCUGCACAGUUUCAGGUGAAAUAUGCUGAUAACAUAGAUCCCGACGUCCCCAGGACAUAAGAGAAUGCAUCAAUGCAUACUCGUGCAUUUUGUCAAAUGUUCAGUGAAAUUCUGAUACGGUUCAUUUCCCCCCAUUUCGUAGAUAUUAUUUUAUGACAAGUGAAGUGCAUCAGGAAAUAAAUAAAGUAUUUGCGUUUAACCUCCAUCCGAUCCAUGUAAAAAAAAAAAUCUGACUGCAAAAUAUAUUAUGUGGAAUGUAUGUGUACUGUCUGUAUUAAUUACUUCAGUUUGUUCAUAGCUGAUGUAAAGUAUGUCAUGAAUAAAUACAAUAUCUCAUCCUUGUCCGACGGAUUAUCCAUUUGACACAAAUUUUGACCUCGUUUUCUGUCCCGUAAUCCGUUGUCCUUCAGAGCAUUGCUGCCAAAUGAAAGAAAAAGAUAAUUUUAUUUCUUAUUACAUUCG